UUUUACAUUUAAUUUUGUGAAUGGGCAUCUGUGGCCGGUGUGAGGAGCUUGUGAAUGGACUGACUGCCGGACUGAUUGACAGCAAAUAGAGAGCCAGCGGUGUGUCUUUUAAAAAAGGGCAAUGCUGAGAGGUCAAGCAAGGAGCAACAGAGCCUCUAAGUAGUCUGGAAAUACAAAGACACGUGAGGGGAAUCAAGAAACUGAAGGCACGAUAACCAUCAGCAUGGUUCAUCACAGAGAAGAGGACCUGAUUGGGAUCCCCUUCCCAAACCAUAGCAGCGAUGUCCUCUGCAGCCUCAACGAGCAGCGGCGCGACGGGCUGCUCUGCGACGUCAUCCUCAUCGUCAGCGACCAGGAGUACCGCACCCACCGCUCCGUGCUGGCCGCCUGCAGCCAGUACUUCAAGAAGCUCUUCACAGUGGCCACCACCGAUAGCGGGGAUCAUAACCACACAGCUGCCGUGUACGAAAUCGACUUUGUGGCCCCGGACUCUCUCGCAGCCAUCCUGGAGUUCGCCUACACUUCCACUCUCACGGUGACGGCGUCCAACGUGAAAGAGAUCCUGAACGCCGCUCAGAUGCUGGAGAUACCCUGCAUCAUCAACGUCUGCCUGGAGAUCAUGGACAGCGGGGGUGGAGGCAGCGGAGAAGGAGGGAGAGGGGAGGAGGGAGAGGAGGAGGAGGAUGCCGAGGAGGAGGAGGAGGAGGAGGAGGAAGAAGAGGAAGAAGAAGAGGAGGACGAGGGGUCGAGGAAGGACGAGCAGGAGGAUGAGGAGGACGAUGUCAGCGAGAGGUCACUGCAGUCGUCGGAGAGCAGGGGGGAGCAGACGUCUCGGGGGGCGGAGGACUCGCCCCCUCCUAGCACCUCCACCUACCAGCAGCAGUUUGAGCUGCACAGAGACUCGUCACAGUCGCAGUCUCCGGACAACAUGAGAGGGAAACAGGAGAGUAUGGAGAGUCGGGCUUUGAAGGAUUUCUCCAUCGAGUCUCUCCUCCAGGAGGGUCUCUACCCCCGUAUGUCAACCCUGGACAGGAGGGCCAGCUUCUCCCCUCUCAUCCCGGGCUUCUACCCCUCCAUGUGGGCCGCUGAGUUCCCAGCCUUCCCCAAGCAGCUCCUGGACCCCAGCCACCACCUGCACGCCCACGCAGCGGCCUCGCAGCAGACCAGGCUCCCCCACGGCUUCCAAUCAGCGGCACAGAUGGAGGCCUCCAGACCCCUCGAUCUCGCUGUGAAGAGAGAGAUCAUAAAGGAGGAGAUGAAAGACGAGAUCCCGCUCAGUCUGCUCCACGGAAACUUCCUAAAGGAGUUUGUCAGCUCGGGCCUAGGCAGCACCAUGAACCCGGGGUCAGCUCCGUCAGAAGGUCAGGGUCUCGGGCCGAUAAAGGAUGAGGCUGACUUCCGGUCGUACCUGAACUUCCUGAGCUCUGCGUCCCACCUGGGGGCUCUGUUCCCCCCCUGGCAGCUGGAGGAGGAGAGGAAGAUGAAGCCCAAAGCGUCUCAGCAGUGUCCGAUCUGCAACAAGGUCAUCCAAGGUGCUGGGAAACUGCCUCGACACAUGAGGACGCAUACGGGGGAGAAACCGUACAUGUGCACUAUCUGUGAAGUACGAUUCACCAGACAAGACAAACUCAAGAUCCACAUGAGGAAGCACACAGGUGAGCGCCCCUACAUCUGCCUCCACUGCAACUCCAAGUUUGUGCACAACUACGACCUGAAGAACCACCUGCGGAUCCACACCGGCGUGCGGCCAUACCAGUGUGAGCACUGCUACAAGAGUUUCACACGCUCCGACCACCUACAUCGACACAUCAAGAGGCAAAGCUGCCGCAUCUCCCGCCCCAGGCGAGGACGAAAGCCAGCUGCUUGGCGGUCCACACCCACCAGCAACUUCCUUUGCCCCCCCACUGCUGCCCCCAACCGGUUUGAGGAGAACGGGUUGAGCCCUGCAUACCAGGGAGUCAAGAGCCACGGACUCGGGGAGAUGCUCUCCAGCAGGGGUCUGGGGUUUAAGAGCGGGGACAGGGAGAGCAGGGAGGAGCGGCGAGCAGAGGGGAAGCACAUCGCACGGGAGGAGAAGGGAGGAGCGGGGAGGCAGAGGGGGGUAUUCACCUUUGCCCUGUCUGGAGAAGAAGUGCUUACCCACGCUCCGUUUUACGCUGCGCCCUCUGACCCCUGGACCAUGAGGCUGGAGCGCGCUCCUCCCAUCCCUGAGCCGGCCAAAUGAACUGAGAAAGAAAAAGAAAAAAUGGACAAGAAAGAUAUUCUCUUUAAUCUCAGAGUCUUUUCUGCUCCAAGAAGCUAAAGCACCUUUUGAAAAAGUGAACGAGAGAUUGAUCAACCCUUUGCAGGCUGCUGACGUGGCAGACUGUUGGAGAAAACAGUCUCAUUAAAGCAUUUCACAGAUGUCAUGUUGAAUAAUUGUUUACAAAUAAUCUGAUAGCAUUUAAGAGGAGGCACACAGUUUGACACUGCUAAUGAGGAAAACAUAUCAAAAUGCUGUUAUAUAUAUUAUUUGCGUUACUUAUCUACAGGGUUGUUUGAAAUGCUAUAAAUGCAAAAUAAAUCAUUCUAAAAUGUCAUCUUAAGAUGUGAUGAGGCUUUUUCUGAAAAAUCUUUAUAUGUAAAAUAAAAUUCUAUGAAUAAAACAGGAUCUAUUGCAAUUGUUAAAUGAGUGACUAUGAAUGUAAAACAUUUACACGAUUACAUGUACAAAAUAAUCAAAAAUGUAUUAUAGAGGGAGGUUAUCAUAACAUUUCAGUCUCAAAACAAAAGGAAAGUGUGGUAGACAUACAUUGCAUUAGAAUAAGCCUUCAUCCAAACAAAUCACAGCAAGUUGAAUUAUGAUAAACUGUGUUUAAAUGUUUUAAAAAAGGGGACCUGUACUUCCAAACAAACAAAAUAAUGUUUUAUAACAGCAGGGCGUUAUCCGACACACAAAGCGUAUUUACUCCUGACAUAGUUAUUUUAUGACAUUCCCAAACAAAGGGAACCCACUUGAAGUCUAACAAAUCAGGACACUUGAUAAGGUGUUAUUAAACUUUCACUGCCUUUGUUCUGAGUUAAGCUCCUCGUCUGCACUAUUGUACAUAGAUACAAACGUUUUGGCCAUGGUGGUGUUAAUUACAGUUGCGUUGCUGAAAAUGUAAAAUAUAUAUAUAAAUAUAUAUUGAUCUUAAAAAGGCAUCCAUCCAAAGAUGUGUACUUUGAUAAUUCACAGACUUGAAUAAGAAUUUGUUUUAAUGUUAAUGAAAUGUGUCUUCAGAGGAUGUAUAUUUGUGACUAAUCAGCUGCCGCUAUAGCUAUUCAGUAUGCUUGUGUUUUACCUGCUGCAUCAAAUCAAGAGGGUUCCGCCCUGUUUUUCAUAAUGUUCAUCUCUGAUUUGUGUAUAAAGAAGUUCGAUAACAUUAUUUGAAUUGAAAUGGGAAAGUAUUUUCUUGCUAUUUAUGCAUAUUUAAAUGAAUGAGCCUUGGCUAUAUUUUGCAAAUCUGUUUUAUAAAGACACUAAAUGUUGAAA